AUUUCAACAUGGCUGUCUUUCAAUGAAGGAGUCUUUGUCUAGUUUGUGAUGGAUUUUGAGUUUAAGUUGAAAUCAAAUGAGCAAAGAGAAAGAGUAGAAGACAAAUUCGACUUUGAAGGCUGCAAAGUAGGCCGUGGUACUUAUGGACACGUUUACAAAGCAAAACAAAAAGAUUGGUUAGUUUUGAAGCGCGAGAAGAUAAUAUUUUCCUUCGUUCCUCGCAUUGUUUACAUUUUCAUGUAGAUUCAGUUGAUACUAAGUAGUUUUGGUCUCUUUCUCAUUCAAGUCCGAAUGGAAAAUAUUUCGCCCUCAAGCAGAUCGAGGGAACAGGGAUUUCCAUGUCAGCUUGCCGUGAGAUAGCAGUAUGUACAAAAUUCAUUGUAAUUAGCUCAUUUAAGACUUAAUUAAGCUUCAUCAAGCCCAAAUGCUUGAUUUGUUUGAAAAGGAUUUCAUGGUACUUCUCUGGAAAUAGAACAUUUUGAUUGAUUGGUAUGUGUUUCUCACUCUUUAUCUAAAAAUGUAUCUCAAAAUUAACAAGAUAAGACACGUUGUAUUUUUAUUUACAUUCUCUGCACAUGUUGUACAUUAAACUUACUAAAGUCCAUAAAUAAGUGCAACCUAUAAGUUGUUAAAUGAAAAUUGAUGGAUCACACUGCCUAAGUAAUUUAACUGAACUCCUUUCAUAUUCACAGUGCUCAGUCUCCUACAGCUUUAUGUGGCUAUUUUUUGGGUGGUUACUCAUGCAAUGUUCCUCUCCACAAAAUAAUUAACAGAUUCCAAGAGACAACACAAAGAACCUGUAGCUAAAUUAAUUAGAGUGACUCAACAUUUAAAGGAAUAUUUGAAAAUGCAAGAAAUCUACGUACUGUAUUUCUUGUUUAGGCAUCUUUCUUUGCUGAUUAACAUGGAUUUAAUAUUUAAGUCACCGUGUACAGAAACUCGCAGGUUCUAAAGUUAAAAGCAAAAUUAAUAUCGGCAAGAUUGGAGAUACCUUUUUAUCAUUUAUUUCUGUACUUCUUUAGUUCUAGGCCUUUUUUUCAUGAGUUUAAUACUGCAAUGAAUCAUUAUUUUGUAUUUUAUUCAUUCAAAUUCUUCUAGCUUCUACGAGAGCUGAAGCAUCCUAAUGUGAUUGCCUUACAACGUGUCUUCCUAUCACAUGCAGAUCGCAAAGUCUGGCUCUUGUUUGAUUUUGCAGAGCAUGAUCUAUGGGUGAGUUGAACAUUUAAAAAUAUCAUGUUAGGUACGGAGAAACCUCCUUGCUUGUGUCCUGUUAUUGGCUUAAUUUUGUUACUUUUAGGGGACUGUCACUUUAGAGAGGAAAAAAAAUACAAACUGAAUGCAUGAUCAAAAUGACAAGUUUACAUAACAUGACAAAUGUAUGCACCAAAUGUGGAAUGUACUUGUAGAACAAGAGAAAAAUAAUCUUUUUAAGUUAUUUUCUGUAUUAUUCUCGCUUGAAUCUACAGUAAAUUAUCUGAAAUAAUAAUAAAAAUAAAAAGAUUACAAAUGUUCCAACAAAAUUAAUGGCCCAAGAAAGAAACUAAGAAGGUGUUUCUUUACUAAGAAAUUGUUUUUCUGUAUGAGUGAAGGUGCCUCAUCAAGACUAUAUUUGUACAAUAUAUUUCCAUUUUGAGUCCUUGUAGAUUUGAGAUGUGUGCAUGCAAAUCUAAGCAAAAAUCAUUAAUAUUAUCAAACUAAAUUUACUAUGCCAAUCUUGUUGUGUGGGAAACAUACCUAAUUUAAAGUUAAAGCCCACAGUCCUUCUCUUAUUUGAAAAGAGAUGAAGGAGAUGAGGAGAAACAACCUUACAGUGAUCUGGACCAGACCUAAGUCAUGUGACAUGAUCAACCUAUCAUGAAGGCUCUUGCAAAGCUUAAGAGUUUUCUCUCUACCAGUGUUUUGACACAAAUCUUAUGAUUAACUGUAAUUAAACUAACUUUGUUUUCUCAGCAUGAGGAUAAAAAAAUACACUAUACAUGUACAGGCAAAAUUUUGUGUGCAAAGUAUUUGUGUCAACAAUUCCCAAAUAUUUAACAAUUAUUCCAUGAGUGCACAUUGGGUAUGAGAUGGUAGAUAGCCAAUGAGGUGCAUAGUGCCGAGUUGGCUAUAAUCAUCUCAUAUCCAACAAGCGUAUUUUUUUUAUGAAAAAUGCCCACAAAAUAUCGAGAAUUCUUCCCAACUUUAUUUGUAAAGACAACUGAUUUUCGGCUUGCUUUUGACUUUGAGCAGACGCGUACAGUUACCAUAUUUGGAAAGCAUGGUAUAAUGGCUCAUAUAAUGGCUAAGCCAAUCCGAGCACUAGAAUUGCAUUAUCCAAUGGUUCAGUUUUUAAUAAUUACAAAUAUUAUCAAUUUUUAUGCUUAAAUAUUUUUUCUAGCAUAUAAUCAAGUACCACAGAGCUUCCAAGGCUCAGAAGAAGGCAGUUCCUGUCCCUAAAGGAAUGGUGAAAUCUCUACUUUAUCAAAUUUUAGAUGGGAUUCAUUAUCUUCACUCUAACUGGGUACUUCAUAGAGACUUGGUAGGUUGCUUUGUUCUAACAAACGUCCACUCUCAAAUAAACGCCUCCCUUACGUUGUUAAGUUAGUAUUAAACUCCCCUCCCUAAUAAGCGCCCCCCCUGUCUAAUAAAUGCCCCCCUUGAAAAUUGCCCCCAAAUACUAGGAAAUGGCGAAAUAGAGCAAAAUCAAUCAAUUUAUUAAUUUCAUUGCUUGAUUAACAUCAGUCUGUGUAUUAUGUCAUUUUCAGUUUCCAGAUAAGCCGUCAGGUCCGCAGUCGAGAUUCUGUUAACACAAAAACGUUUUUAGCCGAAAGCAUACUGUAUAUAGUUAUGUUGAGUUCAUUGAAAUAAGUUACGAGAAUAAAUGCCUCUCUCUUUUAAACGCCUCCCAUCUAUUCUUGGACCCCUAAAAUUAAAUAAACGCCCCAGGCGUUUAUUAGAUCAUUUAUGGUGUAUGAUUUAACUCUCCAGGUGCUGAGCCAAGCUUUAAACAAUACAUAUCUCUUUAUGAUAUCUUUUGUUACUUAAAAAGAGUUGAAUAUUUUAACAGGAGUUAAAACUUGAACUCUGGAUCUGGAGGUCCGGGUUUCAAGCCUCGCCUGUCGCAUUGUCUCCUUAGACAAGGAGCUUUACUCCACUUUGUCUCUCUUCACUCAGGUGUAUAAAUGGGUACCAGUGACAUACUGCAUGGGGGUAACCUGCAAUGGACUAGCAUCCCAUCCAGGGGGGAGUAGCAAUACUCCUAGGCAUGCUUCAUGCUAAAGAAAGCGGGAUAAGCUCUGGCUGUUUGGACCUUUGGCACGUGUGGACCUUAUCCUUUUUUUAUCUUAAAAUGUUUAUCAAUUAAUGUGGAUCUGUGGUGUCCUUUGCAAUCCCACCCUCCAGAGCUAAAGAAUGCUUGAUGAGUUAAUCAUGACUAACCCUUCCACCAUAAAUGAGUUACCAGUAUCUAACCGCUCCUUAAAAUAGCACUGAUUAAUUAAACAUGAAAAUUUAUUUCCCCCAGAAACCAGCCAAUAUACUUGUUAUGGGUGAGGGCCAGGAAAAGGGUAGAGUAAAGAUUGGUAAGUGACUGUCUUCAAGUACAGACAACAGUGUAUUUACAUUAAUUAACACUGGCAACUAGAGUUACAAGAAUCUUUCAUUAUUUUAAGUUUAAAUCAAAUGGUCAUUUACAAUUUUGUACUACAGCUGUAUCUGAUACUCUGAUACAUCUGUAGUGUGUGUGUCCUUUUAGCUCAACUUUUACUUACAUGUAUUGUAUUGUCAGCACAUUAAUUCUGUAUGGUGCCAUGUUCAAUUUAGGGCUUUUGAUAUUAUAUAAUGGUACAUGUAUUAUGUAUGAUUUUGUACAAUUGAUCUCAAAUGUAAAAAAAAAUUACAUCCAACUUCAUAAUUCAAUGUGUGUGGGAAGAUCUAGAUCUAGAAGAGACUGUUAUUUAACAAUUAUUCCUCGAGCCUGAAUGGGCUCUGAGUCAAUAGCCCAUGAGGCCUUCGGCCUGAGGGCCAGAGGAAAAAUCCAAGCAGUUGGUCAAAAAUAUUGAGAAUACAGAAAUUUUAGCUAGUUAAAGCUAGACUUUAAUCCUUUUUUGCCACCAAAAAUCCGGCGCUUUUCACUACUAGUGGGCUAUAACAUAUAGCCUAGUAGUAGCUCAACCAAUCAGAAUGCAGCAUUGAUAAUAGACCAGUAGUUGGAUUUUAGUAAAAGUUGAUAUAUGGUGUGCUAAACACUGUAUGAGUAUGACUGUAUUUCAGUGAUACAUUAAUUGUUUUGCUUUGCUUUGUCACCAGCUGAUAUGGGGUUUGCAAGGUUAUUCAAUGCACCUUUAAAGCCCCUUGCUGAUCUGGAUCCGGUGGUGGUAACAUUUUGGUACAGAGCUCCUGAAUUACUGCUUGGUGCCAGACAUUACACCAAAGCAAUAGGUAAAGCACAUAUGGCUUUCAUGCCAUGUGGCUUAGCUUUUGUCUUUAUUCUUCACUUCUUGGAGGCAGCGUGGCUGAGUGGUCAGUGUGUCAGACUCGCAAUCCGGCAGUCCCGGCUUCGAGUCCCGCUCUGGCCACUUGCUGGAUUUGUGUUCGGUCGUCCCGAGUUCAAAUUCUCGGCCACGCUUGUAAAUAGCCAACUGGUUGCCUUCUGCCGGUUGGGGUUUUUAAUCCUGUUAUGUUGUAUUUGAAUUAUUUGUUUCUAAAUAUUUGAGUGGAGUGCCUGUAAAUUAGCUGGACAAGCUAAGUGCAAUUUCCACUAUAAACAAGCCUUUAACCUUUUUUUGGGGGGGGGGUUUGAUAAGGUGGCCAUGUUGGUGAUCAAUUCUGAACAAGGAAAUUUUUCUCGAAGAUUGUACAUGAAAAUGACAUCACAUGCAAAAUUAGCAAUUUGGUUGUUAUAAUAAAGUGUAUACUUACAUUUACUAUUGGUCUUCUCAUAAACUAAAACCUACUGUUAUUUUGGAAAUCAGUGCAACUUACAGAUUAUUGGAUGUGUUUCCAGUAAAUCACCAUUACACAUGCAUCUUUAUUAUUGUAACAGUUACAAUACAGUUUACAGUUACUGUAUAACUAUUAUUUAUGUAACUUGACACUUUUGAGAAAGUCUCAGGGGCUUCAAGAUUAAAAUUCUAGGUGCCAAUUUGGAAUCUUAUUUUCGGGAUGUGGUCACCAAUUGCAUGUGUUCGUUAGUGCCUAUGCUUUGGCAAAAUUUCAUGCCCAACGGUCAACACCUAAACACCCCUCCCUCCUUCCCUUCUCCCUUCUCAUGUGUAGUGCAAAUACCAGAGUGUCGGCAUUAUUGGUGUAUCUAAUUAUUAUGAAAGUUGAAAUUGUAUGAACUUCAUUCUUUGGGAGUAAGUGAAUUGUCCACAGAUUCAUUGACUCCAUUUGUUACCACAUGUAAUUUACCGUAUUUGUUACUGCUAGACUGCAUUAUAUUUUACUCUUUUAAUAUGGAGUACAUACAAUUUUUUGUAUAUUUCCUAGAUAUAUGGGCUAUAGGAUGUAUUUUUGCAGAGCUCUUGACUUGUGAACCUAUAUUUCACUGUCGUCAAGAGGACAUCAAAACCAGCAAUCCUUAUCACCAUGAGCAGCUGGAUAGAAUAUUCAAUGUGAUGGGAUUUCCACAAGGUAAGGAUUCAUGAAAUACAUGCUUGAAUUAUACACCCAGCGCUGGGUAACGCUUCUGGUUUCUAACGUUUCACGGAUAGUCGUUAGUGAACGUUUUUUCGUGAGAGGUCACAAUUAAUGAUUGAAAACGCAGGAGGAAAAUCAGUUAUCUUAGAGAGUGGCAAGAAACAGGUUCAGCUGUUGGACAAAUCAGAACUGAAACCGCCUUGCAUCUUUGUACCCUUGGAGGCUUCUUCCCGAUACUGUGAACAAUAAACGGGAGUGCCCAUCAUUCCACUCAGACUGAGGGGGUGGGGUGGGAUUAAAUUUUGUGUGUUGGUACCGCUAAAGGAGUUGAGCUAAAGUAACAGCUACAAGAGGUGAAGGGAUGCAUUUUCGGGUAUCUAGCUAGAAAAUUAAAGAAGGUUUUUGUUAGUUAACUGAAUAGUCUUUAUCUUUUUUGAAAAACUGUCACCGUCAGUUGACGAAUGUUAUUGUUAUACCUUUUUGGGUGUGCUUUCGCAAGUUUCGGACAAGCUCCUCUGUUGUUUUUAUAUGGGAGUAGUCUACUGCUCUUGCCCUCGAGCGCGAUGUGGUGACCAAUCAGCCACGCAACCCUCUCUGCUUACAUUCAGUCCAUUGUUUAAGUACACAUUUGUAAAAAGUGUCCCUUUAUUUUUCAGAGCGUGAUUGGGAGGAUAUUAGAAAGAUGCCAGAACAUGGAACUUUACAAAAAGACUUCCGGAAGGCAAAGUAUGAAUUUCCACCCCAAACUCUUUGUUUACUGGAUAGCUUAAGUCCAAUUGGCAAAAGUGGAAAAUACCAGAAUUACAGUUUCCGGUUUGGGUGAUGCCUCAUGUGACUCCUACUUUGCGCAGUGCCUUUAACAAAACCUUUAGAUCUUUACACGAUUUGCAUGUGCAAUGUAUCAGCCUCUCGUAACUUUACAUAUAUUGCACUUGUAGUUCAUGCAAACAAGUAUAGCAAACAAGCAGAAAACAUUAACAACAACAACAAAACCAAAAAAAAAUCAAAACAAAACAAAAGAUGAUGCAAACGUAAGAUUUACAUGAGGAACAGCCCAAACGGCAGGUUAAACUGAAGAAUGUUGUGGUAUUAGACAUGCUUUGGCCCAUUGAAUUGUAGUGCUUAUUCGAGGCUGAACGCGUUCUUAGUUGAGUCCGACGACAUUAUUGUUUUGUCCGACAAAACUGGUGACCUAACCCGACAUAUGUCCUCUCAUGAAAGAAAAAUUAUUUGCAUAUCUCGGGGAGUCCCCUAAAUGUCGGGCUGGGUUUGCGAGAGGUUUUAAGAAAGUCUGCUUUUGAUGUAAAAAGGCACAAUUUAGAAUACAUUUAUCACAAUAGUUGUAUUUAUUGCCUUUUAGUUACGUAAAUGCUAGUUUAUGGAAAUACAUGGAGAAGCACAAAGUGAAACAGGAUAGUAAAGCAUUUCAGUUGGUAAGAUCUAUAUUUUUACAUAAACUAUAAAAAAGAAAGUAUCACAGAGAAUCUCACAACCUGCCUGAAGGUUACUAUUAUGCUCGACGACUCAAUUCUGUGAUGUUUGUGGCUAUACAAUUUAAUUGGGUAUAUCACAAAAUUUAGCUGCCGCUCCAGUAAUGUGUCCCAGCAAAAUUCCCCCUGUAUUCUUCCAAAUCUUUUGAAUCGCCAAAUUAAAGGACCGCAAAUAAAAGCGGCAGCGUUUUUGAGCGGAAGUGGACUUUUUGCAUCAUUGGGCAGUGGUUUGUUUCAAGUUCUCGGGUAAUUUGCCUGUAUAAGAGAAAAGACACUCAGCAAUACAAAUUUGUUAGCGUUAAGGCAUAUAAAAAAGGAGAAGGCCUAACUUCCGGUUGGCGUGCGUCGCUCAAAAACCUCUUUGCUAGGUAUUUGGACCGUAGCGGAAGUGAAUAAUUGGGAGCGAGGACUGGAACCCACUGAGACGAAAGUAAUUAUUCAGGAGUGAGGACUGGAAUUUAGUGCACCAAACCCUCUCGGCCAACCAUGGCACGAUGUUCGAUGUGUGUGAACGACUUGUUCCAGUUCUGUGUCAUUGCUCUCCAUACUAUACCGGAUACCUUUUGAUCAUUAUACGUUUCUGGGAAACUGCCCACCUACCCGUCCCCUAAGCGGAGGGGUAGGUGGGCAGGUGAACAUAGCCUCAGAUGAAACACAAACAGGUGUGAAGUCGAGUUCGCUUGUUUUUUAUUGCUGUCUUAAUAAGCGGAUUAUGAGAGUGCGUGACCCGCUUAGCACUGGCAUGAAGCGAAAUUAAGUAUUAAAGUUAUAAUAUAGAGUGAGUGCAGCACUCACUCUAUACUACAACUUAAAUGGGUUGUCUAAAAAGGUUUGGAAUAGACGGCUGAGUUGUCAAAGUAAGCGGCCUGCCCAGGGAUAUGUUGUUGUUGUAAAGGAAUGCCGAGCAAAGUAGCCGGCCGAUACUAACCAAGUAGGCGGCGACUUUCGCCCGCAGCCGGCUACUCUUGACAACCCUGGUCACCGCGCUGAGAAGUGAGAAACUGUGCAAAUCCCUCAGAACUACUGUCACUUACGAGUUCUAGAAAGUUUGUAUCGUCAUACGUUUCUGGGAAACUGCAAACCUUCCUCCCCUGAGCCAACAUUAACAGUUACUUCCCACUUAAGGUAAAAUGUUGGCUUAGGCGAGGGGCAGGUGGACAGUUUCCCAGAAACAGUAUAAUGAUCCGAAAGUUCUAGCCUAGAAAACAAACUUAAGUUAUUUGUUUGUUCUUGAGAGGUUGUUGCUAUUAGUUACGGUGACGUGUAGGUCGAUGUUGUUGAUGAUAUCUAGUAAAGGAAGAACGUGGUUAGUUUUUAGCUCCACUGACUGUAAAGUAUAACGUUUAUUAUAUUUAAAGCUAUCCAGGUUGUUGGUAAUGGACCCAAAUAAAAGGAUAACGUCGGAACAAGCUUUACAAGAUCCUUACUUUAAAGAAGAGCCUCUACCGACACCUGAGUAAGUACUGAAUAAAUCUUUCUAUCUUGUAGCCUAAGUUACACUUACAGACGAGUUUGUUGCUAUACUGUCUUCGCGUUUUAGAGCCACUUUCGUCUCAAGGGCAGUGUCGUGAGCAGCGAACGAAAUCGUAGGUGUAAAAUGGCAGUAAAGCUUUUGCAGUGCAACUACUUGAACCGGGGCACUUAGAAAAAGAUUAUCAAAUUCAAGGUUUUUUGGAAACAAAAGAUUCUCAAUUUUUUUUUUGUUUUGCAAACGGACUAAUAACAUUCAUAAAUUUAAGGGCUAUUUCCUGAGCGGUCAGGUAAGUUCAAACUGUUUUAAAGCUUCAAACGGUUGCGUAGUUGAACCUUGAAUUUCAUUGGUCCGUUUGCCAAAGAAAAAAAAACUUGGGAAUCUUUUGGUUUCAAAAACGCUGUUAUUGGAUUAUCUUCUUUCAAUUGCCCCGGUUUUAGUAGUCCACCGUAAAUGUUGCGAUAUGUAAGGGCGGGUGAAGUACCAGUGACAAUCUCUGUAUAUUAUAUUUCUACAAUUAAAAAGAGCAGUCGGUUAUUGGCUUUAAGUUAAACACCCUUGCUAUGAAUGCCUUAAUGUCGACGUUAGAUUUGUUUCUCAAAAUGCACUUUCUUUAAGAAGCGAUCUCAGAACGUAAUGGACAGUCGACUCUCUCUUAACGGACACCUCUGUAAAACAGACACCUAGAGUUUGUCCCUGUCUUAUUCCUUACUCCCCUUCAUUUGACUCUCUAUAAGACGGACAUCUCUCUAAGACAGACACUCAGUGGAGUUAUGAAUAUAUGAAAAUCGUAUAUGUGAGCUGCGGGGUGAAUAAUCAUUACAUGAAAGUAGAUCAUUGGAGUUAUAGACGCCACUUUUGCAGCUGAGAAAAGAAAGCCUGAAAAAAAAAUAUGAUUUUACGGGAUUCGAGCCCUUGACCUCUGCGUUACCGGUGCAGUGCUCUUACCAAUUGAGGUAAUAAGCCAACUGGGAGCAGGUCGUUGAGUUUGUUCGUUAUAAACCCGUGAAAGAAUGUUGCACCGGUAUCGCAGAGGUCAAGGGUUCGAAUCCCAUACAAGCCUGAAUUUUUUUUCGGGCUUUCUUUUCGCAACUGCAAAAGUUGCGUCUGCAACUGCGAUGGUCUAUUUUCAUAUAAUAAUUACGGACACAUAGUGCCGGUUCCAAAGAUGUUUGUCUUAAGAGAGCUGACUGUAACACUCGAGGCUUUAUCUACGCUAUACAUAUGUAGUAUUAGUAAAAUCCAACUAGCGGUCUAUUAUCAAUGCUGCGUUCUGAUUAGUUGAGCUACUACUAGGCUAUAUGUUAUAGCCCACUAGAAGCGAAAAGCGCCGGCUUUGAAAACCAAAAUAAUGGCGGCUGAAUCGCGUUUUGCUAGCAUAAGUUGUUUUGUGUCGAUAUUUUUUACCAACUAGUUGGAUUUUACUAAAACAAUUAUUCCUCUCGCCCUCAUGGCCUCUGAGUCAAUAGCCCGUUCAGCCUUCGGCCUCAUGGGCUAUUGACUCAGAGCCCAUUCGGGCUCGAGGAAUAAUUGUUAAAUACACAUUUACAAAUUGUCAUGCAUGGAUGCAAUAUAACCGCUUGAUUUUUGUGAUUCUAGUGCGUUUGGAGGAAUGACGAUUCCAUAUCCUAAAAGAGAAUUCCUUAAUGAUGAUGAUAGUGAUUCAAAAUCCAGUGCCGCGAAGGUAAUUAUCAUAAUCAUUAUUUUGUCCAAUAUUGAACCAACUAACUGUUUGACUAUACUGGCUAAAUGUCUCUGUUGUACGGAAAGGAUAGUCAGAUGAUGGUGGGCCGACCCCUUGUUAUAUAAUACAAGGGUAAAGUUUUUACCACUGCUGGUUCAAUAAAGGCACGCCCUUGAGCUGGUCCAGAGUACAAGAACGCAUGUAAGCCCAUUCAAAGGGGCUUUAUUUGAUGGGUGCUUGCUUGUUGUUUGGUGCAUGAAAGAAAUAUAUAUACAUAUUUUAAAUCAGUUAAAAUAACAGAGUAAACUGGCCGCCGCAGAGAGAUAUCUAAAGCUGUCUGAUCUCUCGUUAUUGAAAGCAGACUAUAUCCAUUAGUGAGCUAAACUCUUCGGAUCCUUUGAAUUAUGAUUGGAGCUCACAGUAAAGGGCUUUUAGAUCAACCAGCAGUGGCCUAAUUAGUUCAUCAACUAAUCAUAACAGUUUGUCUUUUAAGUAACCCCUUCGUUCAUGACCAAAGGCGUAUUCUAGAAGCACACACUGUGAAACCGGACUAUUUUGUCACCUUAGAAAGCUCACUCGGGAAGCAAAUAAUUUAUCAGCGGCGCUAACGUUCACUAACGGUCAAGUAGUUGAUAGGAAGCAGGCCAAUAUUAGACGAGGUACACAGUACGUACGAAUCAAAGUGUGGUUAUCUCGCUGAGAAAGGCCAACAUUUUAACACUUACAGACUAACAAGCAAGAGAACUCGGACACUAAUGGUCAGCCGAGUGCUAAACGAGUUCGUGUCGUGACUGCUGAGCAGUUUCAGGUAAAGUAUUGUGUGUCUAUCAGGGCCAGUCGACAUCUCUUGACCCCCCGGAAAACGCUAAGGACUACUGUGUAUGUCCCCCCUGGUAUCAAGAACAUUAACAAACCGAAUUUUCUGCUUACGGUUAAUGACUAACAACUAACAGACAAGUGAUAACCAGAGGUUACAGCGUGCGGGCGACAACGAUCGAGGGUCAAAACGCUCCAGCGCUGUGCUUUGCACACGUUUCACGCGACAGAUGCUAAAACACGCGUGAUCAGAUUACGAGUGAUAGAAGGUCCAAACGCGCGUGAUCAUAGUGCGUUUUGUGCAUUCCAUUCAUUCCAAGUUAACUACAUACAUGCGACGCAUGCGUAAUAACUACUUGGAGUAUUAGGAUUACGGGCCCCUCUUGUCGCCCGCAAUAAUUUCUCACCAAUAAACUUUCUCGUAGCCCACGAAAACAACCAUCUCCACGCAGCCUUCUCUCCUCGCUUCUCACCGUUAGGGAUAAAGUGGCGAGGAGCGAGGAGUAGAGUAGGGUGUUUUCGUAGACUAUUUUUAAGCAACUUAAGCUUUUUUUUUCGACUUAGGAGGAGAUACAGUAAAAAGUGCUUGUUAUUGCCACUGUCUUUAGGAACACCUUGACCUAGCUAAAUUGUUUCGAAAUAAGAUCAAAAUGUCAAUUUAAUUUCUAACAGUUGGAAUUGUUUUUCCCUGUCCGCUUUGUAGAAAGAGGUCCGAGUUAGAAAGUGUUAUUAAUUCUAACAAGUUAACCUCGAUCCUUAUUAUGGCAUUUGAGAUCCCUCUCGAAGCUAUUAAUUGGGAGGUUGAAAAUCAACUGAAACCUACCAUAUUUCGUAUUUCGUUUAGACCUUUUUUGAAGUACAGUACAGUCGACUCCCGAUAACUCGAACCGAAAUCGAUUUCCCCUGGAUUUCCGUCGUACAUUUACUGUAAUUUUACCCUCGGUAACUCGAACCCUCGAUAACUCAUCGAACUCCCGCUAACUCGAACCAAUUUUCGUUUCCCCUCAGGUCAUUUUCUAUAUAAUUUUACCCUCGAUAACUCGAACCAUGUUUUGAGCCCUUAAAAGGUCGGGAAAAAAGCCGUCUACGGGCGUCCGAAACAUUGAAUUUUGGAUUUCCUAUUAACGUGUUGUAGGAGUAUAGUUUACUAAUGGAGGCUGAUGUUGAUUGUCACAGGCUAACGUGAAGCAGCUUUACUUCUCAAAACAGUUAAACGCAUGCUCUAUUUAGGCUAUGUUUUGUUACAUUACGUUCUAAUUUAUAAUCUAGAAGUAUCUUUUAAGUUGUACUUGACAUUUCUACAGUUAAAUGUGAUUAAAAUGUUCACUGUGCAGUAAAAACUGUUUUCUACCUUACUCUCGGCCAUUUUCUUCGAGCUCCCGAUAACUCGAACUCCCGCUAACUCGAGCUUUCUUCGAUUUCCCUUGCAGGUUCGAGUUAUCGGGAGUCGACUGUAUUUACAUUUUACAGUCUGUAUUAUGUAGUUAUAGCAAUUUGUGCCAGACAAGUCCUAGGCACACUUCGCGCGUUCGCUUGGCCUUAUAUGAUGAAACAACUGGUAUAUUCAUGAGUAUUACAUUACGUUAAUCAGAUAUGUCAAUCAUCGCUAUUUUUUUUUUCGAUCAUGUUCUCAAAUGUUUCCGUUGUCUUGUUUCAUUUUAGCAAAAGCAACAGUCAUUUGCAUUUCAAGGACAGGGCAACCAACAGGCCCAGUCCUCCAGCGGACAGCAGACUGGUCACGUGGGACGGUUCCUGCAGCAGCAGUUUCAAACGAAUAAUAGUCAAAACAACUCCACCCCAACCAAUCGGCAGUUCUGAUUAACCCUGCCUCGGAAAUGAGUCUUCUUGACUCUUAUCUACUGAAUUAUCAUUAUUAUUCACUUUGAAAAUUAAAAUCCAUUAGAAGGAAACGACCCGCAUCUGAACUGGAUUCAGGUUGUGCCAGUAUUCUUUGGGUAUGUCGUUAGGAAGCGAUAAUAAACGGUCAUUUAUUUGUUCAGCGGAUUCCCAAACCCGGGAAGCGGGAAGCGGGAAAUGGCAGCUCGUAAUUUUUGGCGGGAAAACAUUUGCCCAUGAUACUCCUGCUGUCGCGAAGCUCUUCGAAACUUGUAAUAUGGCAUAUCUUUAAAACAAGGCUGUUGUAAACAAUGUAUGAACUCUGUUUCCAUGUCUGUAUAUUAAAUUCCAUAACUCAGUAU